CCGGAAGUAGCUGUUGACAUUGGUACUAACUGCAGUACCAUAACAAGACUUUCUGUGAAAUACAGUACACUAUUGACUUCUGUUUGAAGGAUAUCAACACGCCUGGAUUUGUCUGAUACGAAGGCACAGCUAUGUGCAGCUGUGUGCGGAGCUCCAGGGCUCUGUCCCCCGUCCUGCGCCCCGGGCUGCUGCUCCCUCAGACGGGGUACAGACUGGCCGGCAGGGGCCUCUGGACCUCCCCGCACUGCAUGGCUGUCGGGGGGGACUCCACGCUGCUGCCACUGCCCAGCCAGGCCCGGGUGGUGAUCUGUGGAGGGGGGAUCGUGGGAUCAUCUGUAGCCUUCCACCUCGCCAAACUGGGCUGGACUGAUAUAGUGCUGCUGGAGCAGGGCAGACUUGGUGCAGGAACAACACGACUGUGCGCCGGCAUUGUCAGCGUGGCCAAGCCUAUUUCCAUCGAGUGUCAGAUGGCAAACUACUCCAAUGGUCUCUACCGGGGCCUGGAGGAGGAGACCGGAGUCAAAACAGGUUAUGUGAAGACAGGCUCUCUGUGUCUGGCCCAAAAUCAGGACCGCUUCCUCUCUCUGAAGCGCCUGGCAUCCCGACUGAAGGUCAUGGGGAUCAGCUGUAACGUCAUUAAGCCCAAAGAGGUGGCUAAACUCCACCCUCAUGUUAACAUUCAUGACCUGGUGGGGGCGCUGCACCUGCCCGGAGACUCUGUGGUUUCUCCGCCUGACAUCAACCACGCCCUGGCUGUAGCUGCAGCUGCACAUGGGGUCCAGAUCCUGGAGCGGACCACAGUGCAGCAGGUUCUGGUGGAGAAGGGUCAGGUGACGGCAGUGGAGACUGAUCGGGGGUCCAUCGAGUGUGAAUACUUUGUCAACUGUGCUGGACAGUGGGCGUACGAGCUGGGUCAGGCGAGUGAGGUGAAGGUGUCGAUUCCUCUCCAUGGCUGUGAACACUUCUACCUCCUCACCAAGCCUCUGCAGGAGCCUCUGCCCCUCGACACGCCAGUGUUGAUGGAUAUGGACGGCAGGAUCUAUGCGCGGCCCUGGCAGGGGGGCGUUCUGUCGGGGGGGUUUGAGAAGAACCCCAAACCCAUCUUCACUGAGGGCCGCAACCAGCUGGAGAUCCAGAACAUGCAGGAAGACUGGGACCACUUCGAGCCGAUGCUCAGUGCCUUGCUGAGGCGGAUGCCGAGUCUGGAGGCGGCUGAGAUCCAUCAGCUGGUCAACUGCCCCGAGUCCUUCACCCCCGACAUGCGCUGCCUGAUGGGGGAGACGCCGGGGAUCUCGGGGUACUACGUGCUGGCCGGGAUGAACUCCUCCGGCCUGGCCUUCGCUGGAGGAGCUGGAAAGUACCUGGCGGAGUGGAUGACGUACGGUUACCCCACCGCCAACGUCUGGCCGCUGGACAUCAAACGCUUCGGAAACCUGCAGAGCAGCCGCACCUUCCUCAGACACCGAGUGAUGGAGGUCAUGCCCCUGCUGUACGAGCUUAAGGUUCCUCGCUGGGACUUCCAGACGGGCCGGCAGCUGAGGACCAGCCCUCUGUACGACCGCCUGGACACACAGGGAGCUCGCUGGAUGGAGAAGCACGGAUUUGAACGGCCCAAAUACUUUGUUCCUCAUGGGAAAGAUCUGCUGGCUCUGGACCAGAGUAAAACCUUCUACAAGCCCGACUGGUUCGACAUCGUCGGAUCAGAAGUGAAAUGCUGCAAAGAGGCCGUCUGCGUCAUCGACAUGUCCUCCUUCACCAAGUUUGAGCUGAGUUCCACCAACGACCAAGCUCUGGAUCUGCUGCAGCACCUGUGCGCCAACGACCUGGACGUCCCCGUGGGACACAUCGUCCACACCGGCAUGCUGAACGAGCGGGGGGGCUACGAGAAUGACUGCAGCGUGGUGCGCGUCAGCAAGAACAGCUUCUUCAUCGUGUCUCCCACAGACCAGCAGGUCCACUGUUGGUCCUGGAUAAAGAAGCACAUGCCCAACGACCCACACCUCCACCUGGAGGACGUCAGCUGGAAGUACACCGCUUUGAACCUGAUUGGUCCUCGUGCUAUGGAUGUUCUGGCUGAGCUGUCGUAUGUUUCCAUGACUCCUGACCAUUUCCCCUCCAUGUUCUGCAAGGAGAUGAGCGUCGGCUAUGCUAACGGGAUCAGAGUGAUGAGUAUGACCCACACAGGAGAGCCAGGCUUCAUGCUCUACAUCCCCAUCGAAUACGCUCUGCACGUCUACAACGAGGUAAUAUCCGUGGGUCAGAAGUACGGGAUCCGUAACGCCGGGUACUACGCCCUGCGCAGCCUCCGCAUCGAGAAGUUCUUCGCCUUCUGGGGUCAGGACCUGGACGCCUUCACCACGCCGCUGGAGUGCGGACGAGAGUUCAGGGUCAAGUUCGACACGGAGACGGACUUCAUGGGUCGCGAGGCGUUGCUGCAGCAGCGGCAGGACGGCGUGUUCCGGCGCUUCGUCAUGCUGGUUCUGGAGGACCACGACACGGAGCUGGACCUGUGGCCCUGGUGGGGCGAGCCUGUCUACCGUAACGGGCAGCUGGCCGGCACCACCACCAGCAGCGCCUACAGCUACACCCUGGAGCGCCACGUCUGCCUGGGCUUCGUGUCGCCGCCCCCGGGUCCGGAGGGGUUGCCCACCCCCAUCACGCCGGACUUCAUCAACCGCGGGGACUACGAGGUGGACAUCGCCGGGCAGCGCUACCCGGCCAAAGCCAAACUCUACCCCUUCAGCUCGCUCUUCUCCCAGCAGAAACGCCGCAAGGAGGACAUGGAGCUCAGCAACCUGCAGGGGAAGUGAGGUGGAGAAACCCCUCACCCCGACAUCCAACACUCCUCUGUCGUCUUUCCAACCCAGUUUAGAUUCAACCCCCCAGGCAUUCUCUCUCUAUUGACCACGACUCUGCGGGUCGCUAAAACACGUUGUAGUUUGAUCAGAAGUCUUUUAGAAAAUGACCCGACUUCACCCAUGAUUUGUUAUCUGAAUCAGCACUUCCCCUAUUAGUCUAAUGUCUAAAAUGAUAGUUUCAAGUCGUCUUCAGGACAGAAUCAUGCGCUUUAGGGCUGUGCUACUUUGUGAUUGACAGCUCAGUCUCAACCUUUUUUACAGUUUGUGUUUCAGUUUAUGUAAUAUUUCUGUCUCCUUUACUGUCCCGCUCAGGGUUUGGUUGCAACUGGCUCACAGGAAGUGCACUUUGGACUUUGAUGCAAAUGUUCACUGGCCAAACGGCGGUACUGCAACUUAUGUGUCGGACCAUGACGUCAGUGGGCCCAAAAAGCCUUUUCCCCAUCGACCUACAUCGGGAAAGAGACGUCAGUAAAAUCAGCGUAUCAGUUUUUUGGAGCUGAUACAGAGCUAAAAGUUGUGAAAGCUGAAUCGUUUCUGUAUCGUAGACGUGAUUACACUUCGUGGUUAAAUCUCAGCUGGGUUGGAAAAUCGACCGGCGCCUCCUCCACUCCUCCUGCUACAUAUCUCCUCCUCUCCUCGCAGCGGGCCGUGUGCAAAAUCACUCCUCGCCUCCUAUCCAACCCCCACCGCUGCAGAAGUGCAAUAUUCACUGGCACCAAUUUCUCAGAUUAAAUUAGAUUCACUUUAUUAAUCCCAAACUGGGGAUUGAUUCAUUCCACCAGCAUGUAACCAAGGCUUUGCACAUGAUUUAAAUCAUAUAAUAAAACAUAUCGACAGCAGAAAGAUAUGGAAAGUAUUUACUAUAUAAAAUAUACAGAGAAACAAUGUUAUGACUAUAAACAUAUCAACUGUAGUAUACUUAUCUAUAUAUCUAAAUAUAGUCUCAUUUCAAAUAUACAGAAUAACUCUUUUAUUGUUGUAACGUAUUUUGUAUGUUUCAUUUUGUGUAUUCUGCAGAAAAUGUCAUUCUGUAUAUUUUAUACCGUGUAUUAAAUAGGUUAAUAUCCAUAUUAAAUCAACAUAGAAAUACACCGAAUAAUUUAGUAUUUGUAAUUAGUUUUUGUUAGUUCUGUAUAUUUUAUAUUUCGACUCUUUUAGAUAUUUCAUUUUCGGUAGAUUUUCAUCUCGCCUUGUUUACAUGCUGCUGCAACAAAUCAACUCCCCGUGUUUUGGAUAAAUGUAAUGCAGUCUAAAUGCUCGUGCUGUGUCAGAUGCAGCAUGACUGACCCUCCUGUAUAUUCUGCAGUUUGCUUCACACUCAAUCAGUGCCUUUGUGCAGGCAUCAACACUGUGUUCACUUUAACGCGUCACCAGGGAUUUAAAGGGGAUGUUAAAACAUAAAAGAGGGAUGAGAAUCUUCUCCUGUAGUCGUUAAGCGUCUGUAGGUUCAUAUAAAUGUAGAUUAAGGUCGAUGCUGAUGUGCAAAAUGAAGUCGUUAUUGUGAAACCUGUGAGUGAUGUGGCCUACUUUGUAUCCUUUACUAGGGCUGCAACUACAAUUACUUUCUGGAUGAUUUGAUUAUUAUUUGGGCUUUAAUGUGAGCAAAUAGGGAAAAAUGUUUCUGUAAUCUCAAGGUGAUGUCUUAAACUGCUAAAUCAGCCAAAGAUAUUAAAUUAAAUAUGAAAAUCUACAUAUUUGAGGCUGAAAAUUGCUUUUUUUUGCGUAUCAAAAACCAGACUUAUCCUUUGAGCUCUUUACUUUAUACUCUCCACUUCCACUACACUCUUAUAAGUAGCCCCAUGAACUCCUCUUGUAGUGUUUUAAAGCUUCCCAGGGUCUCCAAUAAAUCCUCAAGAUGAAUCAAAAUAAGUCAUGCUUGUGGAAAUGUACUUACAGUGAUUUGAUCCGCUCUGUUAUUUAUGUUUGUGUGGUCGUCUUGAAGCACCUUGGCCCCGUUGUUGUUCCCUGAUGUGUUGAGUGUGUGAUGUUUUUUCGGAGUCUAACGUUGCCUGAUGUUUGUGUAAAGGACUUCAUCGCAAGGUUGAAAUAAAGCAAUGUAUUUUUGUACAGCGA